AUGACAUUGGUAUUCUGCGGAUCAGGGCAUCCGCCAUCAGACUGGACACAAAAAGUAGUAGCUACCCUUGCCAUCAUUGGCUCUUGUCUUGCUGUGGAACAUGCCUACUCAUCACAGAGUAUUGUACGUCACGACACUCAUGAGCACCAUCAUCCUAUUAAAGUAGAGAAAGUCGAGAAACAUGUCAUUCCCGUGGUGAGCAAGAUCGUGCCUGUAGCUCACUAUGUUCAGGAGAGCCAAGCUCAUGAAGAACACCACCACAAGCCCGCCGUAUCCACCUUACAUAUCGAGAGACACGACGUGCCCGCUCACCCUCCCGCUGACUGGCAAAAAUACAAUGACGGUCCCGCCAAGUACGAGUUCGAGUACAAGGUGCACGACCCCCAUACCGGCGACUACAAGCAGCAGCACGAGGCCCGCGACGGGCACGUGGUGAAGGGAGAGUACAGCCUGCACGAGCACGACGGCUCCGUGCGCACCGUCAAGUAUUACGCUGACAAGAAAACUGGGUUCAACGCAGAAGUUAAACAUACUACAAAACAUAUCGAAGAGCAGAAACAUCAUUGA